AUGACUCAACUUCCUCCACCAGCACUAAACUCGCACACCACAACCACCGCAACCGCAUUCACCACCACAGGAGAAGAAUCGACGGCUACGGCCAGUGACUGUAGCAGCGAUCGGCUUGCCAACUGGAUAUCAGAUAUAGCUACUACAAUGGCCACCCCGCAAGACCAGGCAAGCGCUCCAGCUCCGCCCGCGGCCGCGACGCAACCAAGUGCGCAAUCUACUCCACCGAUUGACACCGCACCAGCGAAAGCCCCCAAGCCAGACAGCACUCAAAAACAGGCAAAGGAGAAACCAGCUGCUUCAGGUGGUGCCGAAAAGCUCUCCGGCGCUGAACUAAAGAAGAGAGCAAAAGCCGAGAAGGCUGCGAGGCGCGCGAAGGAGAAACAGGAUCGUCGUCCCGCAAGCGAAGACCAGGAAGCCGACGCUGCUACUUAUGCCGCUUCAACUGGUUCAGCCGUUUCUUCAGCUACCUCUACGCCGCAAGGGCCGUCCACGCCAAAGAAAGCUGCUUCUGUUAAAUCGGAUGCGUCAAAGUCAUCGAAUAAGUCGUCAGCACAGAGGCAUGGACCAGCACAUACGCUACCUACCCCGCCUGCGCCAGUAGAGUCGACAUCAUCGAAGAAGAAGAGGAGAGAAGUCGUUGAUGAAAAGGUCGUUGCUGUCUUUGGACAUUUGCCAUGGUAUACGAGGAGGACUGGAAUCGCAGGCGCAAACAAGGAUGUUCAUCCAGCGGUGCUUACGCUUGGAAUGCAGAUUAAGGACUACGUUGUUUGCGGAAGCAGUGCUCGAUGCGUUGCUACGCUCUUAGCGUUCAAGCGGGUUGUUCAAUCAUAUAUUACACCUCCAGGAACAUCCUUGGCCAGACAUCUAACAACCCAUUUGGGCCACCAAAUCGCCUUUUUGGCAAGCUGUCGGCCUCUUGCAAUCAGUCAAGGAAACGCGAUCCGUGCCUUAAAGCUGAUCGUAUCAUCCAUCGACCCUUCUGUUCCUGAACCAGAUGCUAAACAAGAAAUCUACGAUUUUAUCGACAAUUUCAUUCGUGAAAAGAUCACGGUUGCGGGACAAGUCAUUGCCAACAGCGCUGCCCAGAAGAUUGACGAUGGAGAUGUUAUACUCUGUUUUUCUGGUAGUAGUGUGAUCCAGAGGACCUUACUCACUGCGCAUAAGCAAGGGAAGAAAUUCCGUGUCUCAAUCAUUGAUACCCGACCUUUGUUCGAAGGGAGGAACCUUGCCCAAACCCUGGCCAAGGCCGGGUUAAGGGUUCAGUAUUCCCUUAUUAAUGGAAUAAGUCAGGCCGUCAAAGACGCGACGAAAGUUUUCCUAGGUGCGCAUGCCAUGACUAGCAAUGGCGGCUUAUUCUCAAGGGUCGGCACUGCUUUAGUAGCUAUGUCAGCCAAGGAAAAAUCAGGAGGAAUGAACAUCCCUGUCAUAGUCUGCUGUGAAACUAUCAAAUUCACCGACCGUGUCGCACUCGACAGCAUAGUUGUCAACGAGAUAGCUGAGGCCGAUGAAUUGGUUGCUGCUGAGCCAUGUACACAACUUACUGAUCUCCCUCCACCAGUCACGAAUAUCAAGCCCGAAACAUCCAAGGGCUCCUCAUCUUCUGCCAUCGAAAUACCAGCUCAUUUGAAAAAUCCAAAGCUACCCCUCGAAAAUUGGCGCGAGAUGCCUAACCUACAGCUCCUGAAUAUUAUGCACGAUCUCACCCCUGCGGAAUAUGUUGAUAUGGUCGUGACGGAAAUGGGAAGCUUACCGCCCAGCGCUGUCCCGGUUGUCCACCGAAUGAGCACAGAAACCCAGAACUAG